UUAGCUAAGCUGCCAGUGAAAGCUCUUCAAGCUUCCUCUCAGUCGCUUCUCGGGAGCAGCACAACACGUUCUUAUCAAAAUUCUGUGGAUAUAGAUGGGUAUUAGAUAUUGUAUCGAAUAGAAAAAAGAAAUCAGAAGUGUUUUAAUGUAGUGUGAAUGAACUCACUAAUUACACUUAACCUUUUAGGCAGGUAUGUAUUUCAUACAAUAGACAUGUAUAUUGAGUCUUGAAUUGCUAUGUUCCUAUUCUCCCAACGGAUCUGCUCUACAUCUUCAUAUACUGUUGAAAUCGGUUCGUUGCAAGGAAGUUAAUUACUCUAGGAUUGUUUGUUUUUUGCUUUUGGUUUGUUGUAACAGAAGUUGAUCUUGAAAUUGGAUUUGAAUGAUGACAAAGACAAGCGAAAGGCCCUGAAAACAGUCUCAACUCUGUCAGGAAUUGAUGUGGUUUCCAUCGACAUUAAGAGCAAGACACUAAUGGUGAUUGGAACAGUGGAUCCUGUAACCGUCGUAAGCAAAUUGCGCAAAUUUUGGCCAACUGCAGAUAUCGUCUUAGUAGGCCCUGCAAAAGAGUCUGAGAAGAAAGAGGAGGCAAAGAAAGAAGAACCCAAAAAGGAAGAGGCCAAGAAGGAAGAAGAGAAGAAGACUGAACAAGAUCAAGCUGUGGUUGGGAUGAUAAUGCCACACAGGCAAUAUUAUCCACAAAGUAACAAGUAUUACUAUGUUAAUCACAGCAUGGAAGAGAAUCCAAAUGCAUGCACUAUCUCUUGAGUUGAGUUGGUAAGAAUUUUAUGUAGUUGGUGCUAUAGGUUUGUAUUUAUUUGGUGCAAACAUGAGAUGAUGACCAAGAAUAGAUAAGCGCUUGCAUGUAUGUAUAUAGUUUUGUUUUCUUGGUAAUGAGAAGAGAGUUGAGUAUUAAUUUCUUGCAUUUUAAAGUUUGCUUAACCCUCUCGUCACCACUAUCCCUCGUGAGUGUU